UGGUUCAUCGCCGUCCUCAACCGUCAACUUCCCUCACUCACUCAUCCCCAAUCCGAUAUUGUUCGCAACGAAGCCCGACCAAUUACAAAACGCCGUCGUUCUAUAAACUGUUGUGUUUUUACUGAAACUUAACAAUUCGUAAGAUCAACGAUGUCAGAAGACAAUCUGAAUGAAUUGAUUGAGAGGAAAGCGAAUGUUACGAAUGAAUUGCAGAGUUUAAGAGAGAAAAUCGAUAAGGAAGGAGCUAAAGCUGCGGUGCACAAGUUGAUAUCGCUGAGGCAGGCACUGAAGGAGCUGGAAAGGCAAGAGCUUGAAAUCCAGUCUUCUAGUAAUUCUGAAUUGGAUGCUGAGGUUCGUAGAUUGGAGGACCAAAUAGCAAAUGGGUAUGAUGGCCAGACUGUCUCUGAUGAAUUGGAUCGUCCGUUGAGUGAAUCAGUGGAGAAAAUUGAUUCAGCUAAAAGGGAACUUGCAGCUAGAUCAAGGGCAGUGCUGGCAGUGCAGCGCCAGAUUGAUGAUGUUCCAUCUCAAUCAGAACUCAUCCAGUAUGAACGGCGGUUUUCAGAAUUGAAUGCUCAAAUUCAGGGAAAACUUCAACAAACUCGUAAAUUCUAUGCCACAUAUAAUGCACUUUUGGAGAUCAAAGAAUUGAUGCUAAAGGAAACAUCUUUAUUGAAUUCAAUAAAUUCACAGUUUCAAGAUGCAAUCACUAGCACUGAUGGUCGCAUGAAACUUAUUAACUCCAUGGAGGGAAUCAUAAAGGGCAGUCAACAGAAGCUACUAAAGGUACAACUUGGACUUAAAGAAGAGCAAAAAGUUUGUGAUGCUCUGAAGGCGAAGCAUGUUGCAGCAACUGCAGAGCAAAGGCACUGUUAUUCUCUCUUAAAAGCUUUCCAGGAGGAAUGUACAAAGAAUGAGGUACUCAGAAGAAGUGCCUCUUAGAACAUCUCCGCAGCAUGUGAAGUCGAGUUGUUAAGCCAACUUCAUGCCGUCGCUCAUCGGUUGAAUGCUUUACUCAUUCAUUUGAAAUGAAGGAUAACGUACCAAGAUACAAAUAAUGAAUAGAAAUAUCAGCUUAAUCAGCUUGAUGUAGAAAUUCAACUCAUCUUUUCCAUACUGGAUGUGAAUGAUGUGAGCGAUGUCUUGUUCUCUGGCGUAUCUCUUUUCACACAAAGGCAACGAAGCAAACAAUGACUUUUUUUUUGUUUUUUUUGUUUCUAUCGAUCUACAUACAAUACCUACUCCUUUCUGAUUAGGAUACAUUAAUUAAUUAAUUAAUUGCGUCGCCUUAGUUGUGCCUUA